AUGAAAGUAAACCAUAAUCACAUCAGCAACACCGGUGUCAAUGAUUCUGAAGACAUAUUGGAAGCACAAGAUGAAAUAUCAAUUGAUAACAACAAGAACCAGGAAAAUAUUUGGAAUAAGAAGAGCAUUUUCCAUACAUGGUUACUUCUUUGCUAUUCUACUGGACCAGUGGCUUCAAUGAGUCGAACUUAUAUUCCAGCUUCAAUUCAAUCAAUUGCAAAAAAUGUAGGUAAAACUAAAAUGAACCAACCGUGUGGCACACAGGGAAAUGAUUGCUAUGUCAAGUUUGGAUUUAUGACUGUACAUCACACCUCCUAUGUGUUAUACUUGAGGGCAGUUUCCACUGCCAUUGAAGGUGUAGUUGCUAUUUUUUUAAUGGGUAUAGCUGAUUAUUCCAAUUAUAGAAAACUGUUUCUCAUAUUUUCAAUUCUUGUGUAUGGGUUUCUUGCUUUGCCUUUCAUUGGUCUAACAAAUAACGAUUACCAAACUUUAGUACUCGCAUCCAUCUUAUAUUCAUUGUUGAUAAUUGAUGAUUCCAUCUACCAAAUUCUCGAAGGCUCUUAUAUUCCUUUAUUUAUGAGAGCAGACAAAAAAAAUCCCAUGCAAAGAGGUUCGGUUGUCGCUGUUUUAGGGCUAUUUCUUGGUAACUUGGGAGGUAUAACUGCUCUUGUAAUUGGCAUUAUCAUUUCCUAUUUAAGUGGUACACCUGAACUGAAAGGAUAUCAUAAUUUUUUACUUGCAAUCACAAUUGCUGGUUGCUUGACAAUUGGUUUAUCAUUAUUCUCAGCUUUAUAUAUUCCCAAUGUUCAAGGAAAACAACGAAUUGACAAUUUUCUAGUUUUACCAUUUAAAAGAUUUUUCAACUUGUUGAAAGAUAUACAGAAAUAUCCAAUGGCAUUUCUUUACUGCAUUUCUUGGGUGAUAUGGAAUGUGAGCUUUAAUAACUUUAUGAGUAUGUUUCUUUUACUAUUCAGAUCAACGUUGGGAUUGGGGAAUUCCGAUGCAGAAUAUACUGUUUACACUUUUAUGUCUUAUAUCUGUUCCUCCUGGGGAUCACUUGUUUGGAUGUUCUUAUACCAGAAAUGGAACAGCAAUAUCAAAUAUUGGGGGUAUAGUUUUCUACUGGUCAGUUUAUUAGCCAAUUUUUGGGGAUGUUUAGGAAUUCAUAAAUUGACUCCCCUUGGGUAUCAGAAUAGAUGGGAAUUUUGGGUUUUUGAAGUUUUUUAUUCGGCCACUUCCUCAGCAAUGAGAUCUUUAAAUAGGUGUGUAUAUUCUCUGUUGCUACCAGAGGGAAACGAAGCACAAUACUUUGGGUUGGAGGUAACAUUAGGAAUUGCAAGUGGUUGGAUUGGUGGCUUGGUCAACGCAGUAAUUCAAGACAGAACCAAUGAUGAUAGAUUCCCAUUCUUGCCUAACAUGUUUUUAGUUGUUGUCUCGCUUAUAGUAUAUUAUUAUGUUGACUUGCAAAAAGGUAAGAAUGACGUGAAUAAUGGAAAUUCAUAA